CCGCGCUACCAUGCGGUUAGUAGCGACACCUGCAGGAACAAGACGGAAACGGCCGAAUGGCAGAUGUGUUUGACGGUGAUUGGUUAAUUGCGUUAAUGGCACGUGACUUCACCUGGAGUAUUAGGAGAAAUUGUAAGUUGGGCAAAACUCUCCGUUUAACGAAAACGACGAAGCGGUUGGGAAUGCUUCAGUUCUUAACCGGUAAUCAGAACAGCAAAAGUACACGAUGAAAUUUAAAACUCGACACGAGCAUUUCGUAUUCUUCCAUGUAUACACACUUCUUGUAAUAUACGGUAUAUUACCAAUUAAAUGUGCGGAACUGGCAAAUGAAGAUGCAGCGUACAAAUUCGCAGGGCAUACAUUUGGUAAGGAAGGUAAUGCCUUUUUUGCCCUGCGGAGUUGCCACCACGAGCUGCAUGGCGAUAGUGGUGAGUUCUUCUCCCCAGAUUACAUGUGCUCCAGCCCCCCGCUGUGGUGUAACUGGACCAUCCAAGUCAAACCCGGGAUGCAGGUUCAUCUGCAGCUGGAGGACUUGACCCCUGCUGACGCUUGUCACCAUAAGAAUGACCAAAUUCAUCUGGAUGAGUCCCCAAGCUCUGGAAGACACCGGGUUCUGCAUAGGUGCUGGGGGAAGACGGUGUACAAGUCCCAGUCCAGCACCCUGCAUGUUGUUCUGCUCAUCGGAGGGAACCCCAGACCUCCUCUCAGAGGGUUCCGUGCUCGGUACCACGCUCUUUGGCCAGAACAUAUCAAAGAACCGAAACACAAUGAAAGAGAAGGUUUGGAAUGGGAUGAAAAGACCAAGCCCUCUUUAAUGAAGGGUGGAGAUGAUUUAAUGGUGACGGAACCAAGCGUGAAUGCUUUUUCUUCCAAGGGUGCGUUGGGAUUCGGCCUUCCAGGAUCGCGGACAUCAAAUCCACCUGCAACGGUCGCACAGCCUGAAACUGAAGAUGAAAUUGUUGAACAUCCGUUAGGUUCAGCGUGGAGUUCUGAAGGCAUGUGGAGUCACCUCAAGUCCACCACUGAUGGUCUUGCGGCCUCUGUGACUAGCCCGAAGGGCAUCUCUGUUGAAGAAAGACGGCCUAAUCGUAACAGGAUCGAAGACCUCAGCUACAAGCGUGCUGCGUCUGACAUAGUGACCGCUAAUCACGGAGUGCUGCCGUCAGAAAACGGCACCGCCAGCAGGGGGCACCCUUUCCAAUCCACCCCUCCAGAAGUGUGGCGCAGCACAACCCGUAAGUUUGAAAGUCCUGAAAUGGAAACACUGAAUGCAAGGACAAUGAAGGGCAGCUGGGAUGAGCACACAGCCAGACAGCUUCCAGUGCUCCGUAGCACUAACUCUCCCUUUAAUGCCAACGGCAGCCAAAUGACAGGAGAGUGGGAUGAAUCAAGCCGCAUGACACCCGAGCUAGCCACUUCUCUGGAACGUUCUGCAAAUUCGAGUCGACUGCCACACUUACCUGGAGACUCUUUAUUCGAAGUGGCUGUAGAGGUUUAUACAAGUCCACGUAAAGCUCGGAGCUUGGACCAUGUGUUGCUGUCCCUCCAGAAAUCAGUGGAAAACAUCGUUCAGGGAGAGCUGAGUUUUGAUCUUCAGCUGAAAGCCAUAUCCUCCGAGAGAACAAAGAGGCUCCAUGCUGGUAUGCUCUUCAUCAUGUGGGUCCAGUUUACGGGAGGCUUUGAGAGCACUCGCGUCUAUGAAUCGCUGAGCCAUGCUCUCCGGCGGCUGCUGAGGACAGAGGUCCGGCCCGGUGCCAAGAGACGCUUCAAUGGGACCAUCGCCUCCAUCACCACAGAAGAUGUGGAUGAAUGCAGGACUCAGCUCUUGUCAUGUGACGUCCACGCCGACUGCAUCAACCUCUUCGGCUCCUACGCUUGCCGCUGUCAGCCAGGGUUCGAGGAUAUGUCUCCCCUUGAUUUUAGGGGGACGAUCUGUCUGGAUCCCACAGCCUCCAGCAGGACGGCCCCGACCGAGGUGCUGGGAGCUCUGUACGCCAUGUGUUUCCUGCUCAGCCUCUUCUUGCUGAUCCUGCUCUGCGUCGCCGUGGCAAUCUACCGGCGCCAUCACCGGGGCGUGUUCCUGAUGCCAUGCGGACGAUACGGCGGCGACGACGCUAAGCAUAUGCCGCCGCCCCCCCCGCCCAUACGCCGGCCGAGAGAUGGCUGGGAGAGCGCCAAAGACGGCUGUCCAUCCGGGGGUCUGCCGCUGAUCAGGUUCAGCUCACUGCUGCCCCCUGGAGUCGGGUGUGGGGAACUGGAUGAGGUUGCAGAACUGUGACCUGUAUGCUUUGUGACUUGGUCUUUGUAUUUCUUCUCAUUUAUACAACAUCUAGUAAGGUUUUACUUUAAUAGUAUGUAAAUGGAACAUCUCAUGUAAGAUGGGGUCACACAGCCUUCAAUCUAAUUUGUGAAAACCAUUUAUCAAGUUUUUUUUUUUUUUUUUUUUUUUUGAUUUCCACUAGCUGGAAAUGUUGCAUUGUUUUAAUGGAUGGUCUUUAGCGGCGAUGGCCCUAAUGCACCGAAAGCGAUGUCGGUUUGCAUUCCGUGAAAGACGCUUCCUUCCCCGAGCACAGGAAGGAGGUGUCUGUCUGGAGGAACGAGCGAGAAAUCAAAGGACCAAAUUCACUUUGCAUGGAAUUCCCUCCUGAGAAUAAA